AAGGAGAAAAGAUGGCGGGACGUUCAAAAGCUCGGCGGAGCGUCCGGAUUUACAGCCUGAGAAAGUGAAGCUCAAAGAGCCAUCCUGCGACACGAACCGUGGCUGCCCCGGCUCUCACCCGGAGCUCGGGCGCUGACCAUGAGUGGAAGCCGGCUUAAACUCGGCCCUUUGGCCGCUGUGAUGGGCACCCCGCUGGAGGAGCAACAGGCGGCUAAACCGAGAGCAAACCGCCUGAGCAGGAGCUCCAGACAGAGGCUGGGAUCUGAGCAGGACUCCCCGAGGAGCCAGCGGGCAGAGUUUAAGACCCCCACCAGAAUCCCCAGGUUCAGACAUACAGGAAGUGUCUGCGGCGAGUCUCCGCACAACGAGUCCGACUUUCAGCAGGACAUCAUCUGGGACGCCACCUCCCCUUCGCCAAACAGACGCGGUAAAAGAGGAAAAACGCGCCCAGCCGGAGCCGUGAGCAUCUCGGAGAUCGUCAACAGGAUUGCUCCAAAGCACGGCAGACCCGAGGACACGGACCCGACACUACAGCAGUGGAUCGGAGACAGCGCCACCAUCCCCUGCACGCCAGACGUUCAGCCGCCCAAACCAAAGAAGAAGUCCCCAAGGCCGAACGCCGUCGACGACCUGCUGAAGCUCGCCAAGCAGUUUGACUUCAACAUGUUUCGUCGGGAUGAGGAGGCGGCGGAGGACCUGCACCAGCAGAGCCUGGAGCUCCUGUCCGAGGACAUCCUGGAUUUCGAGAACGGCGUUGAGAUUGAAGUUUCUCCCUCACUUCAUGGAAGCCGUCUGCCUGCUGCGAGCGUUGUGGCGGGGACGGGCGUGCGGCUUCUUCCAGAUCAACACACAGACGACGAUCUGGACUUCCUCUUCGAUGGGCCGACUCAGCACGUGAGCGGGAACCUGAGCCAGGCCUGCUCAGCUCAGUCGCAGGUCAAACCUCCCAGAGAGGCUUCUGGGAAACCGUGCGUCUCGUCACUCGGCCCCACUUCAGCCGUUUCCACGCCGCACGGCAACGCCACGUCAGCCCGCGACGACUUCGAGGACGACUGGGGAGACGACGACCUGCUAAAUGACUCUUUGGUGUUAGAGAUGACGCAAAACCCUCUGAAGUUCGCUUCUCCGAAGCUCUGCUCCACCCAGAAACCUGCCGGCCCGGCGAGACGUCAGAGGGAAGCUGAGCCCGCCGUCGGGCUCGGCCAAUCUGCCGCAACCAGAGUGGAAAAGGAAAACGUCAGGCCGAGAGCAACGUUCCUCCUGGAGCCUAAUCCUGCUUUCUCUGUCGACAGGAUCCAGAACGCACGCCGGCAGGCGGGCUGCAGCUCGAGUCCCGCCGGUAGAGGCGCCGUGCAGAGCGCGUCCUCACCUCGGCGUGCCGGGCAGACCUGUCGGCUCAACUCGGUGAAGCUGCAGAAACCAGCGUCUGACCAAAGAAGGACGUCUGCCGGGAUCUGCCGGGCUGCAGCGUCACAGACCACGAACGCUCCAAACUUCCCACAGGAAGCUGGAGUUUCCUGCCACAGCACGCCGCCCGCCGACGGCGACUUCCUGGAUGACGACCUGGACGCUUUCUUCCUGUCAGAGCCGGUCUGGGACGACCUGGCGGACGAUGAGCUGCUGUGUGACAUGUGUGAGGAGCUGGAGAGCCAGAUCCAGGGCGUGGCUGAGAAACGGGCUCCUCUGAUUGGUCAGAUUCCCAACCAGAGCGCAGCUCUGCGGCCGACUGGCAGAACCGGACGGGACGACAGGAUCUGGCAGCCGGAAGCUCCUCCCCCCGCAGGUACGGGCGAAGCAGCCGGCAGCUCAUUGGCCGGAGGUUCUGCCUCCAGCGUCACCGUGAAGGUGAACGACACUCUGAGGUUCACAGGAAGAAAAAUGGCGUCGGGCUCCACGGUCGAGUCGAGUCUGCAGGAGAGCAGGCGGGCGCAGUGGACCGCCGCGCUGCAGAGAGCGCCGCAGCAACACGCCAUCAAAGACCAAUUCGCCUUCAAGAGGCCGACUGACCCGCUGUCCACGGCGACCGACGACGGUCGGGGGAAAUGUUCGCCCGCCGAGAUCGAGCGGAAGAAGCAGCAGGCGAUGGCGAGGAGACGGCAGCGGCUGCAGGCCGCUCAGAACCUCCGAGGUGUGACGUGACGACCCGCGGGGAUGAGCGCCGGGUCGCCUGCCCGAGGAUGAAAGCUGGUGGACACGAGGGCAGCAGCUGCUGCGCUCUGAUUGGUCCGCCGAGGGUGACUGAUGUCAGCUGACGUCACUGCCGCCUGUUUUUAACUGUUUCUGUGUUUUUGGUUCGCAGUAAAAUAUCUGAUGAACUUUGGCGUCCGAUGUAAAACUAGGAUGUAUCUGCACGCCAGUGCGCGAGGCUGGCGCGGCAUCACAGCAGCCGGGCUUCUCUCGCUCGCCGUGUUUUCACCUGCACAGGAAAACAUCGUGUGGACAAUCGUUGUCACGGAGAGAAGAUUCCACCUGCAGUGAAAACUGAAAAGUUUCUACCUGCU